AUUCGAAUUUUUUGUCCGGAAAACCCUCACGGAUUUACAUUUUGGCGCCCGAGACAGGGACUACGACUAGCUUUUCGAUUUCGCGUCAGAAAAACGAACAAAAAUAGUGAAUUUUCGUCGUCUCGGCACUUGUUCCGUUUUUUUUAUAUUUGGCGAAAAAACCUAGCUGGCGGAACUCGGCCAAUCUUGGAUUCGGAUUGGAUCAAAUUUUGGAAAAAAGAAAGUUCUGGAAAUCAUGCCCAACGAUCAGGUUCGUCGGGAAGAGAGGGCUGCCGAAGAAGGUGUACAGCGACAACGCCACGAAUUUCGUAGGAGCGAGCAACGUGCUGCAGGAGCUGAACGCAGCGUUUACCACAGCGAGGAUCAGCUGAGAGGGUACGCGGCUCAGAGAGGCGUCGAGUGGUAUUUCAUACCGCCGAGGUCACCACACUUCGGAGGACUGUGGGAGGCAGCCGUCAAGUCCGCCAAACAUCGACUGCUGAGAGGGUUCGGCAUCGCCAAGCUAACGGCCGACGAGUUGAGCACCCACCUGGUCGAGGUAGAGGCGCUGCUCAAUUCUCGACCAAUCGCAUCGCCUGGCAACGAUCCCAACGAUGGAGAGGCGCUGACACCAGGACACCUGCUGAUCGGUCAGGCUCUUCUUUCGCUGCCGCAAGAGUCCGACACAGUCGUAACCUCCAGCAAGGCCGGAUGCGAGUACUUGAGGCGGUGGCGAAUGCUGUCCGCUCUCAAGCAGCAGUUUUGGGACGGUUGGUCCAAGGACUACCUCGUCAGCCUGCAGCAGCGCAACAAGUGGAGCACCGGAUGCAGCGAUUUGGAGGUCGGACGCUUGGUGCUCGUACUCGAGGACAACUCGCCCCCACAACGGUGGCUCACAGGGCGCGUGGUGGCAACAACAGUCGGCGCGGACGGUAAAGUGCGUGUAGCACAAAUCCAGACGUCAGGAGCGCGCCAUCCAUAAGUUGGCAUUGCUGCCAAUAAACAGCGCUCCUAACGAGGAGGUUAAAGCGCCGGAGGCCUUCAACGGGGCCGGAAUGUUGGAGCAGUAGAUU